AUGGCGGGUCGGGAUUGUUUACGUUUGAGUGAAAUAGAUCGUUUUAUUGAUGAUGAUAGUUAUUUGUUGAGUGAAAUUGAUAGUGAAACGAAUGAAGAUGUCAAUGAACGAAUGUUUGAAAGUGAGAAUGAAAGUGAGAACGAUAGUGAGACGGAAUCUGACGAAAACGAAGAGGCUGUUGACGAACCUGACGAUCUACCGGUGGAUUUGGUUCUUGAAACCAUUGAAAAUGUUGUUCGUGGAGAUGGCAAUAUACCAAUGGACUCUAUUGAGGAAAUUAUUGAAAAGGUGGUAAGUGGAGAAAUUGGUUUUUUAGAGGAGCCUAUGGCGUGGGAAGAUGCUCCCAAUGAGCCAAAAAAUAUUGUAUUUUACGGUGACAAAGUAGGAGUAAAUAUUGCACAAUCGCAGCUCCUAGAUUCCGAAUUAGAUGUUUUUUCUGAGUAUCUAGGCGAUGAUUUCUUUGAGCGGAUUGCCAUAGAGACAAAUAAUUAUGCUGCAAAAUGUUUUGCAGAUCCAAACCGGAAAAAACUAAAAGAUGAUUCUAAUUGGUUUGACUGUGAGACUGAUGAAAUAAAGGCAUUUUUUUCCUUAUUUAUUCUAAUGAGUGUGGUAAAAAAGCCAACUUUGCAGUCUUAUUGGAGCAAAAGGAAAGUAAUUGAAACUCAGAUAUUUUCUGAAAUAAUGCCGUUUCGAAGAUUUCAAAUGAUCAUGCGUUUUAUUCAUUUUUCAAAUGAAGCAACUAGUCGGCCUACUGAUAAACUGAAAAAAAUCAGACCUGUAAUUGACUACAUGUCAAACAAGUUUUUACAAAACUACACCCCGGACAGAGAUAUCUCUGUAGACGAGAGUUUGAUGAAAUUCAGAGGCAGACUCUCUUACAUACAAUUCAACAGAAGUAAGAGGGCUAGGUUUGGUAUAAAAAUUUACAAACUAUGUGAGUCAUCAACAGGCUAUUGCUCUGCCUUUGAAAUUUAUACGGGCAAAAAGAGUCUUCCCAAGGGUCAACUAGUUAGUGAACAGAUAGUUUUGCAACUCACAGAGCCGUUUUUAGAUAAAGGCUACAUAAUGCAUAUCGAUAAUUGGUAUUCAUCACCAAGAUUGUUUGUGAACCUGCUUGAACGGAACACAUACGCAAUUGGUACCGUGAGACCCAAUAGAAAGAAUAUGCCAGGUGAUAUGAAGGAGCCCUUGGAAAAAGGAGAAGCACAGCGUAGAAGUGCGGAAGGUCUCCUUGUGGUUAGGUGGAUGGACCGGAAGGCUGUGAACACGAUUAGCUCCAAACAUUCUGACAUCGACUUUACGUCAACAGGGAAAAUGUCAAGGCCUACAAGGGACAAACCUGCUACUACAAUCAUGAAACCUAAGCAGAUUAUUGAAUACAAUCAGGGCAUGCUUGCAGUUGACCGCCAGGACCAAGUAUUGUCUUACAACCCAGUGAUGAGAAGGUAUGUGAAGGGUUAUGUGAAGAUUUUUUUCUACCUUUUUGAGGUUUCUAUGUUCAACUCUUUUGUAGUUUACAAAAAGCUAUCUGGCAAAAGUAAGCAGCACUUCUCUGAGUACAAAACAAAUCUGGCUGAACAAAUCACUCAAUCAAUCCGGCUACGACCGAGGACAUCACCUGGAAGACCAUCGACAAGUAACCCAAUGCGACUCCAGGGACGACUUCAUUUCCCAAUGACCAUACCAGCUACACCUUCCAAACCGAUGCCAACUAAAAGGUGCCUUGUAUGUUCCUCAAAAGGGCUCAGAAGAGAAGUGAGGAUCCAGUGCAGCAAGUGUGUGGUGCCGCUUCACAUCGACGGCUGCUUUGAGGCAUACCACACCUUAGUGAACUACUAA